AUGGGACCUAAAUCCCCAUUUCAGUCCAUUCUGGACAAACAUCGCCCAGACAUAAAGACCUAUGAGUCCAUCUAUCGCGAAUUCCACCAAAACCCCGAGCUUUCAACCCUCGAAAAUGAAACCUCUGCAAAAAUCGCAGAACACCUAAAAGCUAUAUCCCGAGACCUCGAUAUCCGCACAGGCAUCGGAGGCACUGGUCUCAUUGCCAUUUGCAAGAAUGGCUCCGGCCCAACCAUCUUGCUCCGAUCCGACAUGGACGGCCUGCCCGUGGAGGAGGAAACCGGGCUGCAAUACGCCUCAACGAAAAGAAUGACAGACGCCAUAGACAACGUCGAGAAACCCGUCAUGCAUGCCUGCGGCCACGAUGCGCAUAUGACGUGCAACAUUGGAGCCGCCGAGACCCUACUCAAGGCCAGGGAUGAGUGGUCUGGCACAAUCGUUUUCCUGUUCCAGCCUGCCGAAGAAAUUGCGCGCGGUGCACAGGCUAUGGUUGACGAUGGCCUGUUUGAAUCCAAGAAGCACGGGUGUCCCAUACCAGAUGUGCUGCUUGGUCAGCAUGUCUUGCCCCUGCCCCCGGGCAAGGUUGUAACCAAGCCGGGUACAAUCAUGUGCGCGGCCGACAGCUUCAGAAUUACUGUCUACGGAAAAGGAGGACACGGCAGUAUGCCCCAUCUGUGUAUUGAUCCGGUGGUUCUGGCCUCGUCGAUCGUGAUGAAGCUUCAAACGAUUGUCAGCAGGGAGACGCCUCCCAGGGAAUCGGCAGUCGUGACCGUCGCCAGCUUCCAUGCCGGUGAUACAGCCAAUGUUAUAAGUGACCAGGCCGUGCUCCAGGUUAAUAUCAGGACAGUCAGCGAGCACUCUAGAAAGAUUGCCGUUGACGCAGUAUAUCGGAUCGUCAAGGGAGAAUGCCAAAUGGCAAAGUGUCCAAAAGAGCCACUCUUUGAACGCCUCAACCAGUAUCCUCUAACCACCAAUGAUGCUGGACUAGCUGGAAAGGUGCAACAAUCGUUUGGAAGUCACUUUGGCGAUCAGCAUCAGAUAUUAGAAGCUCCGUUCUCUGGCAGUGAGGACUUUCAAAACUUGGCCACCGCUGUAAAGAAACCGUCUUUCUUCUGGGGCUGGAGUGCAACGGACCCUGAUACCUGGAAGAAGCGCGAAAAAGAAGGCACCUUGGAUCAACUUCCAAGUAACCACUCGUCCUCCUUUACUACAAGCAUUCCUGGGACCCUAGCCACUGGUAUUGAUGCAAUGGUUGUGGCGGCGUUGACUUUUGUCGGGAAAUCUCGGUGA